CACCCACCCCAAAAAAAGCCAUAUAGGCCUCGAACUGCCUCGAACUGCCUCGAACUGCCACAAACUGCCUCGAACUGCCUCGAACUGCCACAAAUUCCUGGGCUGAUGAAGGCUGCCAUGAAUCCUGCCAUAAUACAGCUUUGAUAUCAGAUUACAGUAAUUUUCCUAUCAGCUGGAGACCCACAACUAUGACAUACCUCGACCCACUGACGCUGGGCCGCAUAGCCGCCAAUGCCCAGAAUGCGACCGCGCGCGAGGCGCUCCUUGCCUGCGGUGUCCAGCUGCUGGCGCUGCUGCUGCUGGCCCUAUUGCAUGGCAGGCUAUGGCGCGUGCCACCGAUGCCCUCGCGGCCGCUGCAGCAGCAAGCUCUGCUGCGCACCGCGGAGGCGUUGCUACAGCACCCGGUCCACUGCCACUGCUUCCGCCGCAAGGCACAUGAUAAGCGGGCUUCAGUCUCCCUGGCGAGCUUCCGGAUGGCCGUGGAUGGUGAGACUGACGCCUCGCUGUCUCUGACCGCUGGCGACUUGGCGGCCGUGCAAGAGUUGCUGAGCGAGCUGGACCUUCACAUCGAGCGGGUGCGUGGGUCGCAGCAGGUGGUGCUCGAUGCCUUUAUGUGGUUCACAAACCCCGGCGGCAACCACGAGUGGCACACCGACGGCGUGCGGUCAGCGCCCAGCAGCUACGAGCAGCAGCUGCGUGUCACCAUCCCCCUGGUUGGUCGAUAUGACGUGCUGUUUCGCUGUCCAGUGGGCCAGCACGUGGGGCUGUCGACCAGCCCCACCAGCGGUUAUGCAAUGGACAUGGUGGCUUCAGGCGCACAUGCUGCAACGUGCCUCAUCGACGGCAGCAGUGUCAGCAUGCAUCUCCAGCAUUGCGUGGCCCCUGUGCAGCAGCUCACCUGCUGUGUUAUAGUUGACUAUGCUGGUCCGGUGGGGCCAUGUUCCACCAGUAACCAGCUUCAGCCGCUGGAGCCCACGCCGCUGGUGCCCACGCCGCUGUUGCCCACGCCGCUGGUGCCCGCUGAGGUUGAUAUGGUCUCACUCCCCCUGUCCCUGGCCUCAGCACCUAACCGUUACCAGUGGCUGGCCCUUAUAUGGGCAACCAUGUACAAAGCAGUCUGUGCAGACGACGCUUUGGGCGGUGGGCCACACUAUGCAACUCCGGCGCAGCAUAUGUCGGUGAAGGCCAGCUAUGUGUACAAGCUGCAGCAGGCGUGGGCGGCGCACAACAGCGGGCAGCAGCUGAGCCCGCAGCAGCAGCAGCUGCUGGAGAGCCACCCGUCUCACCAGCUGCAGCAGGCGUGGGCGGCGCACAACAGCGGGCAGCAGCUGAGCCCGCAGCAGCAGCAGCUGCUGGAGAGCGACCCGUUUCACCAGCUGCAGCAGGCGUGGGCGGCGCACAACAGCGGGCAGCAGCUGAGCCCGCAGCAGCAGCAGCUGCUGGAGAGCAACCCGUCUCACCAGCUGCAGCAGGCGGCGGCGACCCAGCAUCCAACCCAGGAGCAGCGGCAGCUGUUGCAGCAACAAUCUGCGUGGGCCAGCAAGGGUGCCAGCAAGGGUGGCACAAAAGCACGUGACCGCCGGAAUGCUGCCCGGGACCCGGACGCCGGUGCCCAGGUGCUGGUGGCACUGCAGCAGGCCUGGCACCGGGUGGCUGACCAGCAGCCGGUCGGCUGUCGGCUCUUCUCCGAGGAUCAGGCGCGGCUGCUGAAGGCUGCCUACAGCGAAUGGAGCAGCUUGGAGGGCCGGCGGAUACCAAUGAACCAUGUGUGGAGCAACGCCGUGGCUCAGCUGACUGGUAUCAAGCUAGAGAGCCUCUCUAGCUGGAGAGCCAGAAAUGGAUGCUGAUAAGGUAGGGGAGGGGAGGGGAGGGGAGGGGAGGGGAGGGGAGGGGAGGGGAGGGGAGGGGAGGGGAGGGGAGGGGAGGGGAGGGGAGGGGAUGGGGAGGGGGGCAGGGGGCGUUGUUAAUGGGAAGCGGAAUGUGGUGCACGGCGUGAACAGCUACGGGGGAGAAAAAGAGAUCCUGCUCAACAAAGGAUGCGUGUACUACGUGACGAAGAAGAAU